CUCCCCAUUCAUUAUACUGUGUGUAAACCUGGGAUCAUGGUAGCCUGUGAGCAAGCUCUCCGGGGCGUUCUGGUGGCGGGACGGGGAAAGGAAUGGGAGCUUGCAACUACGUCUCUGGAAUUUGAAUAUCUGUAUCGAAAAAAUCGAUGCGAAAUGCUGAUUGGCGGAGAUGACAUUAGUAAUGACGUCAUUACCCUUGGGGCGUGCUUUCACGUGUUUUUAAAUGUUUGUUUGCAUUCGUGCUCGUUUCCGCUUCGCGCUGAUUGGCGGAAAUUAGACAGCUCAGUCGACGGGGAACCACAGGGGAAUUGAAAGCAAAAUUCAAAUUCUAGAGACGUAGUGACAAGUUCUCCUUCCUUCUCCCGCUCCACCGACAGAGCGCCCCGGAGAACUUACUCGCAGGCAAGGAUCAUGGUUAUUGUUAGGGCUCACUUUUUUUAUAUAUACUUUUUGGGUUUAUUCGCCAGGAUAUUUACUUAUUUGGUGGAUCAAAUGAUAAAGCAAAGGUUCCAACGCCAUUCGAAGAUGUAUACAAAUUGAGCAUGUGUAAGUAG